CUGAUGGCUUCGGUCUUGAAAGAAAGAUUUAUCAAUAGAAAACAAAUGAUGCUUAGCAAAUUCAUUUUCGUCUGGUUAUUAUGCCUAACUGCUGUAUUCGUUCAACUGCCAUCGGCCAGCAGCGUUGUUUGGCCCGAGUUUCAUGAGAAGAAAAAACCAAUCGAAAAAAUUGUUGCAACUAUCGAUGCAUGGUUCGGAUGUAAUAAUGAGAAAAAACGAAUCGAUCAACUUGUUAGAAGUAUCGAUGCCUUAAAACAGCAGAUCCCGGCCAAAAACACUCUUGCUGAUAUGGAAAAUGCUCUUCGUAGAGAAAAAGCAAAAAAUCAAGAGCUGCUUAAUGUAAUUUCGGAACAUGAAACAAAAGAGCAUGAACUUCAACAGCAAAAGAAAAACUUGGAACAAAAAACUUUAGACCUCGACAAGAAAGUUCUUGAAAUAUCAUUAAAAGAAAAAUUACUUGGACAGCAAAAGAAAAACUUGGAACAAAAAACUUUAGACCUCGACAAGAAAGUUCUUGAAAUAUCAUUAAAAGAAAAAUUACUUGGACAGCAAAAGAAAAACUUGGAACAAAAAACUUUAGACCUCGACAAGAAAGUUCUUGAAAUAUCAUUAAAAGAAAAAUUACUUGAACAGCAAAAGAAAAACUUGGAGGACAUCGACAACAAUUUCGAAACAUUACUGAGUAACUUUUCCGAUUGCAAAGAAAAUCAUGAAGUUUUGGUACAGAAUGUAACUAAUGUAACUAACACUCUUGCUGAUAUGGAAAAUGCUCUUCGUAGAGAAAAAGCUAAAAAUCAAGAGCUGCUUAAUGCAAUUUCGGAACAUGAAACAAAAGAGCAUGAACUUCAACAGCAAAAGAAAAACUUGGAACAAAAAACUUUAGACCUCGACAAGAAAGUUCUUGAAAUAUCAUUAAAAGAAAAAUUACUUGGACAGCAAAAGAAAAACUUGGAACAAAAAACUUUAGACCUCGACAAGAAAGUUCUUGAAAUAUCAUUAAAAGAAAAAUUACUUGGACAACAAAAGAAAAACUUGGAACAAAAAACUUUAGACCUCGACAAGAAAGUUCUUGAAAUAUCAUUAAAAGAAAAAUUACUUGGACAGGAAAAGAAAAACUUGGAACAAAAAACUUUAGACCUCGACAAGAAAGUUCUUGAAAUAUCAUUAAAAGAAAAAUUACUUGAACAGCAAAAGAAAAACUUGGAGGACAUCGACAACAAUUUCGAAACAUUACUGAGUAACUUUUCCGAUUGCAAAGAAAAUCAUGAAGUUUUGGUACAGAAUGUAACUAAUGUAACUAACACUCUUGCUGAUAUGGAAAAUGCUCUUCGUAGAGAAAAAGCAAAAAAUCAAGAGCUGCUUAAUGCAAUUUCGGAACAUGAAACAAAAGAGCAUGAACUUCAACAGCAAAAGAAAAACUUGGAACAAAAAACUUUAGACCUCGACAAGAAAGUUCUUGAAAUAUCAUUAAAAGAAAAAUUACUUGGACAGCAAAAGAAAAACUUGGAACAAAAAACUUUAGACCUCGACAAGAAAGUUCUUGAAAUAUCAUUAAAAGAAAAAUUACUUGGACAGCAAAAGAAAAACUUGGAACAAAAAACUUUAGACCUCGACAAGAAAGUUCUUGAAAUAUCAUUAAAAGAAAAAUUACUUGGACAGCAAAAGAAAAACUUGGAACAAAAAACUUUAGACCUCGACAAGAAAGUUCUUGAAAUAUCAUUAAAAGAAAAAUUACUUGGACAGCAAAAGAAAAACUUGGAACAAAAAACUUUAGACCUCGACAAGAAAGUUCUUGAAAUAUCAUUAAAAGAAAAAUUACUUGAACAGCAAAAGAAAAACUUGGAGGACAUCGACAACAAUUUCGAAACAUUACUGAGUAACUUUUCCGAUUGCAAAGAAAAUCAUGAAGUUUUGGUACAGAAUGUAACUAAUGUAACUAACACUCUUGCUGAUAUGGAAAAUGCUCUUCGUAGAGAAAAAGCAAAAAAUCAAGAGCUGCUUAAUGCAAUUUCGGAACAUGGAACAAAAGAGCAUGAACUUCAACAGCAAAAUAAAAACUUGGAACAAAAAACUUUAGACCUCGACAAGAAAGUUCUUGAAAUAUCAUUAAAAAAAGAAUUACUUGAACAGCAAAAGAAAAACUUGGAACAAAAAACUUUAGACCUCGACAAGAAAGUUAAUGAAAUAUCAAUAAAAAAAGAAUUAACUGAACAGCAAAAUAAAAACUUGGAGGAAAGAAUUGUGUACCUCGACAACAAAGUCGAAACAUUACUGAGUAACUUUUCCGAUUGCAAAGAAAAUCAUGAAGUUUUGGUACAGAAUGUAACUAAUGUAACUAACACUCUUGCUGAUAUGGAAAAUGCUCUUCGUAGAGAAAAAGCAAAAAAUCAAGAGCUGCUUAAUGCAAUUUCGGAACAUGGAACAAAAGAGCAUGAACUUCAACAGCAAAAUAAAAACUUGGAACAAAAAACUUUAGACCUCGACAAGAAAGUUCUUGAAAUAUCAUUAAAAAAAGAAUUACUUGAACAGCAAAAGAAAAACUUGGAACAAAAAACUUUAGACCUCGACAAGAAAGUUAAUGAAAUAUCAAUAAAAAAAGAAUUAACUGAACAGCAAAAUAAAAACUUGGAGGAAAGAAUUGUGUACCUCGACAACAAAGUCGAAACAUUACUGAGUAACUUUUCCGAUUGCAAAGAAAAUCAUGAAGUUUUGGUACAGAAUGUAACUAAUGUAACUAACACUCUUGCUGAUAUGGAAAAUGCUCUUCGUAGAGAAAAAGCAAAAAAUCAAGAGCUGCUUAAUGCAAUUUCGGAACAUGGAACAAAAGAGCAUGAACUUCAACAGCAAAAUAAAAACUUGGAACAAAAAACUUUAGACCUCGACAAGAAAGUUCUUGAAAUAUCAUUAAAAAAAGAAUUACUUGAACAGCAAAAGAAAAACUUGGAACAAAAAACUUUAGACCUCGACAAGAAAGUUAAUGAAAUAUCAAUAAAAAAAGAAUUAACUGAACAGCAAAAUAAAAACUUGGAGGAAAGAAUUGUGUACCUCGACAACAAAGUCGAAACAUUACUGAGUAACUUUUCCGAUUGCAAAGAAAAUCAUGAAGUUUCGGUAGAGAAUGUAACUAAUGUAACUAACACUCUUGCUGAUAUGGAAAAUGCUCUUCGUAGAGAAAAAGCAAAAAAUCAAGAGCUGCUUAAUGCAAUUUCGGAACAUGGAACAAAAGAGCAUGAACUUCAACAGCAAAAUAAAAACUCGGAACAAAAAACUUUAGACCUCGACAAGAAAGUUAAUGAAAUAUCAAUAAAAAAAGAAUUAACUGAACAGCAAAAUAAAAACUUGGAGGAAAGAAUUGUGUACCUCGACAACAAAGUCGAAACAUUACUGAGUAACUUUUCCGAUUGCAAAGAAAAUCAUGAAGUUUUGGUACAGAAUGUAACUAAUGUAACUAACACUCUUGCUGAUAUGGAAAAUGCUCUUCGUAGAGAAAAAGCAAAAAAUCAAGAGCUGCUUAAUGCAAUUUCGGAACAUGGAACAAAAGAGCAUGAACUUCAACAGCAAAAGAAAAACUUGGAACAAAAAACUUUAGACCUCGACAAGAAAGUUAAUGAAAUAUCAAUAAAAAAAGAAUUAACUGAACAGCAAAAUAAAAACUUGGAGGAAAGAAUUGUGUACCUCGACAACAAAGUUGAAAAAUUGCUAAGCAACUUUACCACUGAAUUGAAAAAUUGUACAGUCCUCAAGGACAGCCAAAGCCUGAUGUUGGAAGAAGCAAAAGGGAGCAGUCUUCGAGACAAAACCGCUCUAAUUGCCAACUUGGAAUUGUGCGAAGAAAAACGCAAAAUGUUUAAUAACUACGUGCUGGAUUCUUUUUUAUUACGCGAUUCGCCUUAUUCUGGAGUAGAAAAUUACACCCGAUACGCAGUGGCUCGAUUGGGGAUGUUGCCAAUCAAAAAUGCGAAACCUUUGAUACCCGAAUUUGGACCAGUCAUCAACGACGUUCUUUCUUUUCGCUAUCCCAUCAACAUUCCGUCGUGUCCAGCAGCAGAAAUAACAAGUAAUAAUUUGGCGAACCCAAGUGUUUUCAUAGCGAUUAUAUCGGCUCCGGAACAUUUCAAAGAGCGAAACGACAUCAGAGAAACGUGGUUGAUUCACCUCAAAAGUGUCCUGGAAAAAAAUCUGCUGGGCAUGGCCAGAUUCGGUUUCUUUCUCGGUCAGACUCAAGACGAUUCGAUUCAAAAGCGAAUCGAAGAAGAGAGUCAGAAACACGGGGACAUCGUCCAAAUCGAAAUGAAAGAUUCGUAUCGCAAUUUGACGCUGAAAGGCAUCGCCGUGCUCAACUGGGUGCGGCAACACUGCGCCAAGGUCGACCUCAUUUUCCAAGUGAACGGCGACGUCUACGUCAACGUGUACAAUCUCGUUCAUUUCGUCCGGUCCAACUAUCAAUCGAACAACAGUGUGUUCGGCUACGGCUUCGUUACCCGAUAUCCAUCAAGGAUGAACAGCUAUCGGGACAUAACGUUCGAAGAGUAUCCGUGGAGUCAAUAUGCCAUUUACCUCUUUGGACCGGCCUAUUUCAUGCACGCAAGCGUCGUCAUUCCGUUAUUGGCUGCCAGUCAGACAACUCCUUGGAUCUCGUUCGAACAUAUUCCUAGCACCUUCCUCACCGGAAUGUGCCGGGAAAAAGCUGGUGUCAAGCUGCGAGAUUCCGCAGGCCAACCCAGUGUCUAUUAUUGGGAUGUCAAUGCCGUUCAGUCGCCGUGUGCUUUACGAGGCUUCGUAGGGUGGCCGACCGACAAUAAAUUCGCCACCCACUCGGCCGUCGACGAUUUUUAUCGGAACAAGACCCAGUGCGUCGUCACCGAAUCGGACGGAACCCACAAAACAUUUGACUUCUCUGCCCCCAUUGUCUUUCAUUUCUGGUGAAACACAAGACAAUGAAAAGAUAAGAUUAAUUCCCUUUUGGAAAUAGGCCUAACGAUGAAAAAUCGUAGACAUACAUUGGCCUAAUAUAUUAGCAACAACAAUUCGGCGCUUAAUUUCAACUUACACUAGAAUAUAUAGUAAUCAUUUGUCAUGUAGUAAAAUAUAGACUUGCUUUAUCCGGUAAUAAUUGUUGUUCAUUAUUUGAUUUUUUUACAUCCUGCAUGGGGUCAGGGGUUCAAGUCUAUCUCAGACGCCUACGCUCUUUUAUCUCAGCUUCGAUCCACCUGACUGCCGUCAUCGCCGCCGCCGUCGCCGUAUCGAUCAGCGUCUUGUUAUUCUUUUUU